UUCCAAAAUAUACAUGACGAAAUCCAUGAGUUUAAUCAUAGCAUGUCGCGAAAGAAGAGAAUUUCGUGAUUUUUCUGUGAUAUAUAGUGGCUUAUAUCUUUAUUACGGGUGAUAUAGAUUGCAAAUGUUCAUUUGAAAUUAACAAGUUGCAAAAGAAAUUCCGAAGUUGACGCAUUUUAUUAAAAUUACGGCCAGUCAGACAACGGCGAAUCAUCAAAAGUUAAGCUACCCGAACCAGGAAAUCGAAACCCGCCGUGGUAAAAAGAGAUGGCUAACCGAAAGAUUCCGUGUGAAAAGUGUGGAAGGCAGUCGCUGAUGACCGCCCUCAACACGUUUGUUGAUGCUGUGAACACCAUGGACGAUAAGGUGAUGGUGCCAAGUCGGCUGAGAGACAUGGAGCUGAGAGGUGAAAUGCCAAACAGCAGUUCAAUACAUCGGCUGAAUACCACCCUGGAAGAGAACAAUAACAAUCCAUCACCAGUACCGUUUUCACCCCGUUGUGGCGAAGACUUGUACAGCUACUACAACAUGAUCAAUGCGGUGAAAAGCGAACUUAUCACUGGUACAAAGGCAAAAACACCGAGUGAUUCAUCCCUAGAAAUGGAAUUCUUGAGUGACGAUUCUUCCGAUGACAGCCUAUCAACGGACCCUGCUCACAAAACGGCGCGGGCUUUCCAGUAUCAUUUACAAGGACUAUUUUCAGUGCUGCACCAGCUGACAGACACUGCAAAAUAUCUGGGAGAUGCAUACGAGCAGCAAGUUGAUUCAGGACGAAAGCCUCAGAAGUUUUCAUUCUAACAUCUUCUUUGAAGAAUUUAUAUGUGUCAAAAAAGUUUGCACGAUUACAAAUAAAAAAGUGUAAACUGUAAAAUUCUUCCACAUUCAGAAAAUAUUCUUAUGUUUCAAUUUGCUUGAAUAUUUAAUAUUAGAUCUGUUGCAUGUACAAUGCAGUGUAAUGGAUGGAUUUUGACAGCUGUCGCCUUUUUUAAAAGUUAAAAACUUGAAUAGUUUUUCUCACUGAUUGGAAAAUGAGAAUUUUGCAUGAAAAUGUCAUAUAUUCACACACAAAUCAUAAUUUUUUUGCUGGGGUUAGCCCUUUUUUUAGCUCAUUUCUUUUUUGAAAAAAAAUUAUGUGCUAUUGUUAUCACCUUGGCGUCUGCGUUGGCGUCGGCGUCCGGUUAAGUUUAACGUUUAGGUCCACAUUUCUCAGAAAGUAUCAAUGCUAUAGCAUUCAAACUUGGUACACUUACUAACUAUCAUGAGGGGACUGGGCAGGCAAAGUGAGAUAACUCUGGCGUGCAUUUUAACAGAAUUAUGUGCCCUUUUUAUACUUAGAAAAUUGAAAAUUUUGGUUAAGUUUUGUGUUUAGGUCCAUUUUAUUCCUUAAGUAUCAAAGCUAUUGCUUUCAUACUUGCAACACUUACUAACUAUCAUAAGGGGACUGUGCAGGCAAAGUUAUGUAACUCUGACUGGCAUUUUGACAGAAUUAUGUGCCCUUUUUAUACUUAGAAAAUUGAAAAUUUUGUUUUGUUUUGUGUUUAGGUUCACUUUAUUCAUACAGUAUCAAAGCUAUUGCUUUCAUACUUGCAAAACAUAUUAUCUAUCAUAAGGGGACUGUGCAGGCAAAGUUAUGUAACUCUUACUGGCAUUUGAGCGGAAUUAUGGGCCCUUUAUACUUAGAAAAUUGAAAAUUUGGUUAAAUUUUGUGUUUUGGUCCACUUUACCCCUAAAGUAUCAUAGAUAUUGCUUUCAUACUUGGAACACUCGCACAAUAUCAUAAGGGUACAGUAAAAGGACAAGUUGCAUAACUCUGGUUGUCUUUUUUACGGAAUUAUGGCCCUUUUUUGACUUAGUAACUUUGAAUAUAUGGUUAAAUUUUGUGUUUCGAUCCACUUUACUUCUAAAGUAUCAAGGCCAUUGCUUUCAAACUUCAAAUACUUUCAUGCUAUCAUGAGGUUACUGUACCUGGCAAGUUGAAUUUUACCUUGACCUUUGAAUGGCCUUGACUCUCAAGGUCAAAUUAUUAAAUUUUGCUGAAAUUGCCAUAACUUCUUUAUUUAUGAUUAGAUUUGAUUGAUACUUUGACAAAACUACUCUUACCUGACAUACCACAAUAGACUCCACCCAAACCAUCCCCCGUGCCCUCCCCCCGAAUCCCCCCCCCUAAUUUUUUUUUUAAGAUCAUCUCGCAAAUGACAGGGUUUUUUUACCACUUUUUGGGAAGAUAGCCCAUGGCUUUGGAAUUGGGAAUUUUAUCGGCAUUUACAUGAAAUUGGGAAAAUAUAUUCAUUAGCCUUUUUAUCCAAACUAAAAGUCCACUGAUUAGGGAAAUACUAAAUUUGAUAUAACUCUUUAUAAUCAUUCAAAUUAAAAGAACACAAUCAUAUAAUACCAUGUUAGGUGUAAUUGAAUUAAAAUUGAGAUAAAAUGCGCAUUAGACACUUCUUUCUAAAAUAAUAAAAUAAA